AUGAUAUUAAGAUGGCGGCGUCAAGAGCGUUACUGAAUUGCAGGUUUAAACGACCUGAAUUUGCAAGAAAAGUCGCUUGUCUGGGGUGCUUAUCUAGGUUUUUCAAAACCAAAUCUGAGUCUUUAGUUUAUUCCGAGCAUGGUGAUCCGAAGAAUGUCUUAAGGUGAGAGGUGAGGUUUUACACAAUGUAACUACGCACACACUAUUAAAAAGAUUCAGGGCAGAUUUCCGCACAGCCCCAUACAUAAAUUUGUUAUGCAUACAUAUGUCGACUCUAUUCAUAAUGUAAACUAUUUGCAAAACAUAGGCAGUGGGAAUGGCAAAAAAGCAGUAGAUUAGCUAAACAAUAACUUUGCACGUGCCUUACGCUUUUUUGUAUAUUUCUCUGCCAUCAUUGCACAACCACGACAUGAGGCUGCCUCAUUCUAUGUUUUUUCGAGGACGCGAGCACAAAGCAACCAUUUUCUAAAUCUGAUUUUUAAACUGAGACACAGUUCUUCAAAAUUCAACUCCAGAAAAAUUCACCAAGAUUUAACAAAUUGGACGACAUGGAAAAAGAAUUCUGUACAUGCCAAGUGUCACGCCUUGAUCGAAAACUUCGUUCUCACGCCUGCUCAUACCUGUAUUCCAAUUUAUUAUGCCUAGUAGAAAAGUUUGAGGCAUGACAGCAUUAACUGACUCAUUUUGAAAAAUAUAUUAAUUAUUUAAAGAAACUGGAACCAAUGCGUCUAGACUUGCCACAAGUCGACUCGGUGAGUGAGCGCUGAAGGUGCAAAGGGAUGCUCAUGAAGCAAAGGAAAGUGGGUGAUGAAGUCACAAGACCAGCGACGUAAGUCGCAAGUUGACUUGUUCUGUCUGCGGAAAAGAUUGAAUUUAAUUUGCAUAAUGUUUGUGCAAAAAAAUUGUUUGUGACGUCAGUUUGACAGGCUGUUUUACAGCCCCCUUAAAUAAUCUGUUCUCAUAUGACUGGAUGGUCUGAACACCGAGAUGAAUGUAGAUGAACUGAACUCAAAGAAUGUCGUUUUCCAGGUCGGUAUUCCUCCAAAAUCGAAAGAACUAACUUGCAUAUUAUGUGACUGUAGAAAGUCUUUGAAAUUCGAGUUUGCCCGCAAGGCUUUCUCCGGACCAGGCUAAGUCACCAGCACGUGUCAGUGAACUUUGGAAAUCCUUGUCAGCUCAAAGCUGGGCAAAGAAGCUGUUGGACAGAAACUAGUUGUGAAAACUCUGCCAGAAGUAAUGAAAACAUGGUGGAAAAGGUCUUUGAACAAGGGAGCAAUACUAUUUGCCUCCUUGAAAAAGGGGCUGGCAGCUUAGUGUACCCUGGCUUUCAAGGUCCAUUCUCAAAAUACCUACUGUGAAAUAAACCGUGAACUUUGGCUCCAUCAAAUCAGUCAAACGGCAAACUAAAGACUCUAGCAAUCAAUUUCCCAGCAAGCAAAAAGCCCUCAUAUUCAACAAAACCAGCAUCACUGCUCAACCUUUUCCCAUAGUGAAAUCAACUGAAAAGUCCACCCAAACAUUAUCAUGGCAGGUCGUUUCUGCUAUCUAUGUAUGUUUUUGAAUGGCGCGAUGUGAAAUAUUUAAAGGGUUUUCCCUGAGCCUGUCGGUGCAACCAUCAAGAAAUCUCGACCAUUAAUGUACCCUUCUACCACUGUCUUUUGAUUCUCUCUAAUUUCAAUUCUUUGAAGCCAACUUUCCUUUUUUUACCAGCAUUUGUCACUUUGUGUAAGUUUAUUUCCUGCACUUCAAAGUCAAGCACAUGCCAAUCAAAGGAUUUGCCUGGAUUAAGUUUCCCGAGAACUGAUGCCACAAGAUAAGGGGUUUCCUGAUUGGAUAUCCCUAAUGACACACCCCCGUCACACUGCCAGCGAGAAAAGUGGCGGGUCAAAAAUAGCGUGCUUCAGGCCAGAAAAGUUCAUUUCCCUACUGACCACCUAACCAGCAGAAACUGGAAACAGGCUUUGAGAAAGACUAGUCUAAAAUGAGAGUCACAAAAACAUGAUCGGCUUUCUCUGAAUUCUCUUAUUUUCGUACUAAGGAAAGUCACUGUUCCCUUGUGUUCCCAUGUUCAUGUUAGACAGAACUGUUUGGAACAUCUUUGGAUAUCUUCAGAUACAAUCGGACCCCUACGAAAAAUGCUGGCACUCUCAGGAUAAAAGUGCCACACCUAUAAAUUAAAAAAUGUUGGCAGGUAUAAAAUUCACUAAAAAAGACGUUUUCACCACUGUCAUUGUGGUCAUAAUGAAAGCUCCCUAUUAGGAGAGCUGUUUCACUGUAGUAUCACACCUGUGAAAAGAUGUAAUCACUUUGUAUUUUCUUAUUAUUAGUGUAAGGAAAGUUGAAGCAAAUAACUUUGGUGACAGGUCUGUGUUGUUACACAUGCUGGCAGCUCCAAUAAACCCUGCUGAUAUCAAUCAGAUUCAAGGUUAGAAUAAUAAUUCAAUCUUUGUCUUGGUAUGUAACAAUGUAUGCACACGGGGCUCUCACAUUCGAUUAGACUAUAAUCAAUGAAAAAACAAUACUUCCCUUNGCCACAAGAUAAGGGGUUUCCUGAUUGGAUAUCCCUAAUGACACACCCCCGUCACACUGCCAGCGAGAAAAGUGGCGGGUCAAAAAUAGCGUGCUUCAGGCCAGAAAAGUUCAUUUCCCUACUGACCACCUAACCAGCAGAAACUGGAAACAGGCUUUGAGAAAGACUAGUCUAAAAUGAGAGUCACAAAAACAUGAUCGGCUUUCUCUGAAUUCUCUUAUUUUCGUACUAAGGAAAGUCACUGUUCCCUUGUGUUCCCAUGUUCAUGUUAGACAGAACUCUUUGGAACAUCUUUGGAUAUCUUCAGAUACAAUCGGACCCCUACGAAAAAUGCUGGCACUCUCAGGAUAAAAGUGCCACAGCUAUAAAUUAAAAAAUGUUGGCAGGUAUAAAAUUCACUAAAAAAGACGUUUUCACCACUGUCAUUGUGGUCAUAAUGAAAGCUCCCUAUUAGGAGACCUGUUUCACUGUAGUAUCACACCUGUGAAAAGAUGUAAUCACUUUGUAUUUUCUUAUUAUUAGUGUAAGGAAAGUUGAAGCAAAUAACUUUGGUGACAGGUCUGUGUUGUUACACAUGCUGGCAGCUCCAAUAAACCCUGCUGAUAUCAAUCAGAUUCAAGGUUAGAAUAAUAAUUCAAUCUUUGUCUUGGUAUGUAACAAUGUAUGCACACGGGGCUCUCACAUUCGAUUAGACUAUAAUCAAUGAAAAAACAAUACUUCCCUUAUCAUUGUGUGGGUUUGUUUUCUUUUGCAGUCAGCUGGUGCAAGUUCUGGGACCAAGAAAUUUAGAGGGCCUGGGACAUUCAGAUAUUUCAAAAAUCCACGGAAUAUCUGAUUGCUUCCCAAAAGGUUUUGGAAGAUUUCUCAGUCCCAGAACUCACACUAGCUGACUGCAAUAUUCAAGAUGACUGCCAAAAGAAAACACACCCACACAAUGAUAUUGAAAGCCCCCUGUGAGUAUGUGACACUUGGUUGUGCAUAGUGUUAUUAUGAUGGUGCUGCAUAGCUUAUUAUUAUUGCCCCUGCUUAAAGGCUGUUACCAGUCCCUCUUUUUGAGCUUACUGGCCUAUAGCCCAUAACGCUUUAUAUUUUAAGAGUGACGGUCAGGAAAUAUUGACCAUCGAGUGGUAAGAGUUGAAAAAUCGGUUUCCUUAAUUUUUUGUCCAUAAAUAGUUUUUAGGUAGAUAAGUAAUCUGAUGUAAGUUGUUCUCGCAAAAACCCUUUUAUUUUCAAGAAAUGUAAGAAUAUCAGUUUUCGUGGUAGAAGUCUCAAAAUGGCCGUAUUUUCAACCUGAAAUUUGCUAACAUCAUCUCUCCUUGCGUUUGCAAAUAAAGCUGCAAGGAGAAAUUUGGACACUUUCCAUCAAUAGAACAACUCUUCUUUCAGUUUUGUCCGGCAUUUUGUAGGUUCUAUAAUCAAUUAUUUGGUGCAUUUUGUAACAGGUACUUAUGGGAUCAAGCCGCCUUUACCGGCUGUUGGUGGUAAUGAAGGUGUUGGAGAAGUCACAGAAGUUGGAAGUGAGGUGAAAAGUCUCAGGUCAGGUGACCAAGUGGUACUAAGGGCUGAUCUGAGCUUAGGUAUUAAAUGGUUUAGUGUAUGUAAUGUUUACAUUAAUUCUGUAGAGAGUAUUUGGACUUAAAUCAUGGUCUUGUUUACAACUUAUGUCUAGGGUCUUGGAGAAGACACCUUGUGGUUACAGAAGACCAAGUUUUGAAAAUUCCAGCUGGUCUCCCUGUUGAUGCUGCAGCAACAGUUAGUGUAAACCCUUGUACAGCUUUUAGGAUGCUGAAGGACUUUGAAGAGCUGGAGCCAGGUAGUUAUAAAAAUAUAUUGGCUAAGAUAGCUACAAUAAUUUAAAAAGGCAAGAAUUUUGUCUGACCUGACAGGCCCUGAUUUUUUUAUUUGACAUCUGUGAAGCUCGGCAAUAACUAGAGAAGUAACUUUUCUAGUUAUUGCCGAGCUUCAGAGGGCCUGUGGAUCUGGUGCUGUCACUACUUUCUAUUUUUGUCAAAAUAACUUGUUGUACCAAGGACUUGGGAACAUGCAGUUAAUAACCUUGAAGAACCCUUAAUUGUUUCCUUACUUGCCUCCUCAACACUGUUUAUACAAAGAUGUACUUUUAUGACAACUGGAUUCUUCACUCAAUAAGUUUAAGUGCGACACACUUUAUUCUAACUUUCAGAUAAAGUCACAAUCAACAUUACAUAAAGGGACAACUUGUGCAAACUUGAUCAACUUGGUAUUAUUUUGGUAUCAUUUAAAUACAGCAACACUACGGCACUAUUGUCACUACUGUAGUCACUCUGUUUCAAAUCUAUAAACGUGACAAGUAGUUAGACUUUUUAAUCACUGGAUAACUAAUAAUUAAUUUUAGUACAUGUAAACUUCCAAAUUCAAUGAAGAGUUGAUUAUCAUCCUCCCCUCAGUCAUCUUCAUUAUCCUCCUCAUCACAGUAGAGUUGUUAUUGUUUGUGAGAAGCUAAAUUCAAUACUUAAUUGUUUAUGGUUUAAUUUUAAUAGGUUUUCAUGGUAGUUAGAUGAUAUGUCUGUUAAACAUUAUUGUCAAGGUGAUGCUGUCAUUCAAAAUGGAGCAAACAGUGGUGUGGGACAGGCAGUAAUCCAACUCGCUGCAGCCUGGGGUUUAAACACUGUCAAUAUUGUUCGUGACAGGUAAAUUUCUUAAAUUGUGUGUACCAGUAAACCCUUUAGAGAAAGUUAAGUUCCUGCAGUAAUAAGAAUUAACUUGUCCCUUGUAAAUUGAUGACUAUUCUUUUUUAAUUGUCUUGACAGUUAAACAAUGAUUUUGUGAGAUAUGUUUGGAGUUCAGCAAGGACAAUUAUUAGUUUUGAACUUAUCUGGUUUGCAUGCAUUGGGAAAAAAGUAAUGAUAUUUUAACUGUUUGUUAUAUUAGGCCAGAUUUUGAAGACCUUAAAAGUCAGCUUGUGGGGCUAGGAGCAAAUUAUGUUGUUACUGAAGAGGAACUGAAAAGCUCUGAAAUGAAGAAAACAAUGAAGGUCAGUUCCGUCUUUUCAACUUGACUCUUCUUUCCAUGGCAACCAAAAUUGUUACAGCUUGGAACACUGUACUUGCAAGAGAAGCUAAAACGUUUUCCCACAUUCAUUGCAUUAAUAGAUCAGCCCUCUCUAACAUCUUAAUUCAAGCCAGAAUCAUUGAUUGUAAGUGACUGUUCCUCACUCUCCAACACUUUCAGAAUCUUGUGACUUUAAGAACCAACGAUAAUAAUAUUACACCUCACGGUGGAAAGUAUUUGUACAUGUGUGGUUCAUGUAAAGAUAAAAGUUUUUAGUAGUGUCUACCAUUGGCAAGAGAAAUAAAGGGAUUCACAUAGUUUAAAAGUGUGAUUGAGGGAUCAAAUAAAAUUGAACAUAAGUGUGAUCACUGUAUGCAGUUUUUGGUGAGAAACCUUGGUUGUAAGCUCUUUUACUAAGUUUUACCAAUAGAUAUCUGGAAACGGAUUAGUAUGAAGCUGAGAAUUUCUCUCAUGUUAACAGACUAUCAUCUCUUGGGCAUAUGUGUCUGAGUGGUUUACAUCUCGAGCUCCAGAUCUGGAGGUUCGGGGUUCAAGCCUCGCCUGUCGCGUUGUUUCCUUAGACAAGAAACUUUACUCCACUUUGUCUCUCUUUGCCCAGGUGUAUAAAUGGGUCCUGGCAACAUACUGCUGGGGUGUAAUCCUGCGAUGGACUAACAUCCUGUCCAUGGAGGGAGUAGCAAUACAUGUACUUUGACUCAUAUAUGCCUUUACCUUACUUUUUUUAUCCCCAUGUUGAUUUUUAAGUAUAACUGCAGCCUGUUAUAAAUCACAGAAACAUUUACUGUUUUUUUAAUUUUGUGAGUUGCUGAGCAUCUAUUUUACAGUGUCCUAAACUUGUACUUAAAUACAAGAGAUAAAUACUUCUGAAUUUAUUUUUAGAACAUGAAGCCUCCUAAACUUGCUUUGAAUUGUGUUGGAGGAAAGAGCUCUUUGGUCCUUUUUCGCUAUUUGGGGUAAGAAAAAUGUAAAAGGAGUGUUUAACUUAGAGUCUUUCCUUGAAGUUUUGUAUUGUCAGUAGUAUAUUUAUUAAGAAGAGUGGCAGACACUUUGCUUUCAGAGUUAGUAUACAUGGAAUCUGUACAACAACACUCCUUUGGCCAGAAACAAUGGCAGUAACAUCUCAUGAAAAGUGUUUUACUUCCAGAACAAAAGGAACAAUGGUAACUUAUGGAGGAAUGUCCAGGCAGCCUGUUACUGUACCUACGGUAUGUGAACCAUUGAUAAACCCAGAUUAGACCCCUAUACUUUUAGCCCCUGAGACCUGAGGCAGUCUGAACAAGCGGCCUUAAACCACUUAGUCUGUUCCAGGCCGGUUUAGAACGCAGGGAUGGCGCGAAGGGAUGUGAGCAGGAAAAACAGUGAGGGGUGGGGUAGGGGGUGAGCCAUAUACUGAUACAAAGUAAGAAGAAGCUCUAAAUAUUAAAAGCUAAUGGCGAGGAAGCCCAAGGGAAUCCACCUUGCUUAUAAGCAAUACGCUCUCAGAAAUGGGGGAGUGAGGGUGUGGGAAUAACAUGUACUAGCCCAGCGUCCAGGCCAAAUGAAUCAAUGUCCUCAACAAAUUUGCACUAGUAUUUUCAAGAUAGUCAUUGUCUGAGAGGACACACACAUAACAGAUAAGACAUACCUGACCAUAAAAUGAGCUGUUGCAAAUGCAGUAGUAGUAGUAGUAGUGAAGUCGUGAACUUUAUCGACAUGUGAGGAAUCUCUGGUGCAUAGUGACUAAUUGGUGGUGCAAUAAAAGGUAAAAAUCAUAUAAUAAUUAUUUAAAUAGUGUUAAAAUAAUGUUAAAAUAGUAAUGCAAAUAGUAAAAGGUAGGAAAAAUAAAAAUAUUACACCUAUUAACAGGUAAAAAUGUAUGUAUAUUAUAACAGGAUAAAUUUUGCUUGGUAACAUUACAAAGUAUGCAAUUUCUACAGCCAUCCUCGAUUAAGGCGGUCGGGUCUGUGCUCCUUAUAAUAUUAUCAGUGAACAAUAGAAUAUGUUCCUGCUAAUAUUAUUUCAAACUCCUGCAUUUGGUUGUAUAACUUAAAAAUACCUAAUGCUAAGCACUAGAUGAAAAGGCUGUUUCCUCCCUUCCUACCCCCACCCUUUCCUCGUGUUUUGUUAGCAUGACAUGCUUCUGUCCUCCCAGCUGCGUGGAGGCUCUUAGGUUGGAUAUUUUGCCAGUUAUGAGUUUGGAAGUGUUAAUCUCUAAUAAUGAAAACUCCUGGAUGUUUUGGGCACUCAUGGUUCAUUUUGCAAUGGAGUUCGGUGUUACUUCUCUUUUUCGCUUGGUGCUUUAGUCUUCCGUGUUGCCCUCAACGUUGGUCGAAUCUUUGUUGCUAUUUUUAUUUCCUCUUAAGGGUUCCUUAAUAUUCAGUGAUGUGAAGGUCAGAGGAUUCUGGAUGAGCAAGUGGAGCAAAGAACAUCAGAAAGGUACCUGAUUUAGAUUCUUUCUUCAAAACUUGAACCAUUCUUCGCCACAUGUAAGGGAAUAAGGAUUCCGGAAUUCCGUGAAAUUUUUCCUUUUGGAAUCCAGAAUCCAGAAAAUUUUGCUUGUGGAAUCCAGAAUCCAGGGCUUUGGAAUCCAGAAUGCAGCUCAAGGAAUCCGGAAUCCUACUAAGGAUUGGAAUCCAAAAUCCAAGUUCUACAAUCAAGUAGCUGGAAUCCGGAAGCCAAGGCGUGUAAUCCAGAAUCCAAGACUGUCUUGGAUUCCCUUAUCUCACGAGUUUACCAAGGUGAAAACUUUCCUUUCCUUUGUCCCUCACGCGCCCAAAUUCCCCCUUCCCCUUCCCCUUUUAACGCCUGCCACGCAGGCUAAUUUUUGUGUCAGCGAGAGUAUUGUCAUUGGAAAAGUUUAUUGUAAAAUGUAGCGCUAUGAAGGAGUCAACCUUGUCACACAAAAUAUAAUCUCUGUAUCUUUUUUUUAGCAAUUUAAUAUCCUUCCUUUUCAAAUAGUGGCAUGUUGUGUAGUGAACCUAUCCGGUUACGCUCAUGUUACAGCUGAUGUUAGAAGCGCAGUUUACAUUUGGAGAAUAUUUUCCUAGAACUUUAGGCGAAACAGACGUAGGUUGUUCUUCCAUGAAAUACAUACGACAUUUGUUCAAACAUUAGUUAAAGUUUCGAGACAGUAUGAGAGAAUUUAUAUGUUUACUAAGUCUCAGUAAAUAUAGCCACCAGCUAAUGGGCUUAGUUUAUGUUAAACUGUCGAAAUCAUUGUGUUUGCUUUGCCGACUCAGCCUUGAUGACUUGUUUUUCGUCAGACGUUACAAGGCUUGCCAUGUUAGAGGAAGUAUGUAACAUGGUACGUGAAGGAAAGCUCAAGGCUCCACCUUGUACAAAACAUUCAUUUGAGAACUUCAAGACGGCCAUCUCUGAUGCAAUGAAGUCAUACUCAAAGACCAAGCAACUGUUAAUUCUUAAUGAUGAUUAAACCUUAGCUUAAAGGCAUUGGACGAUUUUCAAUCGCCUUUGCCGAGUACGGCCCGUUCUUCAGUCAGUGGACGCGUUUUCCCGGGAAAAAAGUUGCUGUGUGGCGCUACAUAACGCUACAUGCGUACUUGUUCCGGCGUAUAGCCUCAGUUACACGUUACUGAGUGCAAUUGUUGUGCAACUGAUUAAAACAGUCCGUAAAUUAAGUAAUGGAGACAUACAUAUAUAACAUAAGCAAUACUGCGUCUUCAUCAAGAGUAUCGCAAGACACACUUUCAGGGGUAGAGAUAAUAUAUAGCGAUACUCACGCUGACGUUACCUAUUGAUAUUAAUGUGCCAACCAGAAGUACAUUGUUUCUUGUAACAAAAGAUUGUUUUGUUCUACUCAUUACAAAUUUGAAUAACUAAAACAAUGUUUAUAAACAGUGAUGCCUCCUAUUCAAGUACUUUUUUGAAAAAGGAAGUAUUGUUAUCAUGCUUGCCCGAGGGUUCUUUCGAAUUAACUAAGAACAAAAAUUUUUUAAACAUUUAUAGAAUGAAUUUUAGCCGUCUGCUCGAGCCGCAAACUCGAAAAAAACCUUUUGCAUAAAUGAAAGCAUAGUUUAGUGAUAGUUGAAACUGCAUUCCUAGCAAUACUCGUGGGUAUGAUGCUUCAUGCUACGGAAACCGGUAUUCAAAAAGGCUGGUUGUAUUCACAUUAGUAUCCAGCGAGUACCGUAUUAAGGCACCGUGCGCGGACGCCAAGUGUGAACGCAGCAGUUAGACAACAUCCACACGACGCACGAAUGUUUGUGUUAGAUUGCCGUGUGUGAACGGUCGUGGGUAAGCUUUUAAAAUGCAUUUUGCGAAUUUAACCAAACUUAUGUAAACGUGUGCUCGCGAUGGCUUAUUUUAGGGAUAUUUUAGUUGUAAAAUAAUUAAGGAAACCGUUUCUCCCCGCUGGCGCUCUGUGCUCGUUUCCAUCACCCCCAACUCGCACUUCUCACUCAUCGACAGCAUCUCGUCCGUGUUCCUAGUGCCGAAAUCCUGUGCUGAUAACGCGUCACUACCCAGAUCUGGGUAGGGUUUCUGAUUCGUUGCAGCAAAUUUUCAGUAAUAAGAAGCGAAAUGUCGGCUGUCUUUUCAGGCUCAGCGCAGCUGGAGGAAAUGGUGAAAAUUAUGUAAAUA